UCAGUAGAACUGGGUGUACAUCUAAGGCCGGCGACACAGCACAGGGAGAAGAGAAAAUGCGCAAAGCUUUCGUACUCAGUCAUCGUACCUGAUACAUUUGCUCUCUCGUCACGUAGUGGAAUGUAAUGACCGGGCUCUCUCGCUGCUUGAGCCAUCUGCACCAGCAGACAUGGUCAUGCAUAUUUGUCAUGUAUACCGUCAAUGUGCUUACAUACUCGAACUCUGAAUAUUGAGGAUGCCUAUAUGAGGCCGACAUUCCCUGAAAGCCGCUGAUCGACUGCAUCUUGUGGCCUGUGCAAAAGACGUGCAAAAGACUCCAGUGCACCAUACAUGCGUCAGGAAUGAGGUGCCGGUGUCGAUGCACGUACCGAUGUGCUUGUCGAUGCAUGUCGCCAUGUAGACGUCCUCUGGCUUGCCGCUGUAAGCAUGUGUGUGAGUUAGUGUGUGUCUUGCCUUCUCGUGUGAGUCUUGCCGCCUUACUAGCGCUCCGCCCCCUUCCAAAACUUGUCGUCUUUCGGAUCAACUGACAGACAGUUCUCCCAUCGUGUGUUGCCCGGCUGCUGAGCUAUUGGUCUGAGACACUGCCAGCGGAACCAGCAAAAAAUGCUGACGUAGGUUGCGUGCGCUUACCAUGGCUUUCAUCAACCCCCGUGAGAAGACGUAUCCUGCCAGCCAGUAACACGAGGGCAAUGUCCACAGAUAAAGUCAUCCCUCGGUACCUACCUGCACCGCCGCUUGCGUAUUCCUGCUCCUUGUAGCUCAUGCGCUGACCAAGAUAGUGGACCUGCAACACGUUCACGCAAACCACGCAUUUACAGUGAGUCACGAGUAUAUGUCUCUGAGUGCGUGUCCCUCUGUAGAUCUGCCUGUUCAGGGUCGAAUUCUCUGAGUGCGUUUGCGAGGUUGUAUGUGACGAGGAACAGGUCAUCGUCAGCCCUCAUAAACCACUCAUACGUGUCGAUCAGGUGCUCACAAAGAAACAUAUACGAUUUCAGCACCUUCUUCCAUAACACCUGAAGCAUACAUGCUUCCAGAUGCAUUUGAGGUACAUCCAGAUUGCGCUCCUAAACCUGUACCGUGUAUCCAUCAAUGUUGGCGCCGAGCUCCACCGUCUGCGCACACGGGCGCAUACGUUUUGACCCGCUCAACAGACAUUUGUUCCCCCAUCCCGACCUGGUCGAGGUUCGUGAUUUCAUUCUUCUGCCCUUUUUUCUCUAUCUCUUUAGCCGGCGGCAAGGACCCGACAAACGUCAGCAGAUGUGGCACGUGACGCCCCCAUGUCCUGCGUCUUCACAUGCAUAUGCGCAUAGAGGAACAUCUGUCUGUUUUUUACCUUAAUAUGCGUUCUCUCUUGUCCAGGAAAGCCCUUUGGUGUGUGUGCAGUGAGAUAAGUGUCUUGUCAAGAUCAUGAUCAACCCACACGGACCUGCAGUGUAGCCACUAGUACGCGCAAACGUGGCUGUAUGCAUCAUGCAUCACGCCUCCGUGCAUUUUUCAUCGCCUCUCUGUGUAUGAAUACCCAUUUUUCCGCAAGUCCCUAAAAUGGCGAUUAUUGUCGGUCCUCUUGACGAUUCCCGAACUGCCGAAAAGAAGCAU